UGUUCCACCGUUGUUGUGUAACAAAGUUUGUUUCGAUGCACUGCCGGUUCUGUUAAAUUUAUGAUGAAAUUAUCACAAUAUUAGAGAAACGAUCUUCCUCCGAACCAUUUUCAACUAAUAGUAACGUCUCAGGUUUACCGUUGCUCUGCUACACCUCAGUAUGGCAAAGUACAUCGCCCAAAUCAUCGUACUUGGUGGUCAGAUCAUAGGAAAAGCAUUUUCCCGAGCACUGAAACAGGAGAUAGCAGCAUCACAGGAAGCUGCUAAACGAGCCGGAGGAGGACAAAAAGGACAGAGUCGAGCGGCAGCCAACCUAAGAACUGGAAUGACGCUGGAGGAAGCACAAGAAAUUCUAAAUGUGCAAAAACUGGACCCCGAGGAGGUGAAGAAAAACUACGAACAUCUGUUCAACGUGAACGAUAAGUCGAAGGGUGGAUCAUUCUAUCUGCAAUCGAAAGUGUUCCGAGCAAAAGAGCGGAUAGACCAAGAGCUAAAGGAAGCGAAACCACCAGAAGGAGAGAAAACUGAUACUGGCACGGGGCAGGAACAGAAACAGUGAUCGAAACGGCUACCGUAAAUUUGGCAGGUAGUGCCUAGAGUGCUUUUCAAGUAGAGUACAGUUAAUUUAAUAAGUAAACCUGUUUAUUUAGCGCAAGUAUAAACUACCCUGCGUUGUGUGCAUUUGUUGUGAUA